GUUAGGAGGGGUUUGGACUUUCAGUUGGGUUCGUUUGGGGUUUGUAACAGCAGCACAGCAAUCGAAAGAGAAGAAGCAAAAGCAAGUAGACGGUGUGCGGCAAGGCGGAGGCAUGGCGGCGCCCGAAACCCCUCUCUGUUAUGUCGGUGUCGCCAGGCAAUCCGCUGCGUUUCGCCUGAUGAAGCAAAUGGGUUGGGAAGAAGGAGAAGGUCUCGGAAAAGAAAAGCAGGGUAUCAAAGGAUACGUUCGAGUCAAAAACAAGCAGGACACUAUUGGUAUUGGCCUUGAGAAGCCAAACAACUGGGCCUUCGACACCACUCAAUUUGAUGACAUCCUCAAGAGAUUGAAAGUCCAAGCGCCGCAAUCCCAUGACACAGACAUUGGGGAAAACUCAGAUAAGGUGGAAACCAGGGCUAGGGUUCCUGUUGAUAAUGACAAUUCUGUCUCCAAAGCUACAAGACCACAGGGAAGGUACACGAGAAGAGAGAGGGGGAAGCUCGUCUCACAAUAUUCCUUGAAGGAUCUUGAAGGAAUUCUUGUUAAAAAGGGUGACAUAUCUGGGGGUACUGAUAAUUCUGAUGGUGAACUCGACAUGUUAAAGACAUCUGAAAUUCAAAUUUUUGAAGAUGACGGAAGCAAAUGUCUUGCUAUACCUCCAAAUUGGUGGGGCUACAAAUAUGGUUUUGUCUCUGGUGGAUUUCUUGGAGCAGAAUUAAAGAAGAAAAGAUCUAUGAUAGCUGAAAGUGUCAAAAAUAGGGCAGAGAGAACUGAGUUUUUCGAAGAGGAUCAAGAAAACCUAUAUAAUCUAGUCCAGGAGAAAGCCACAACAGGGAAGCAAGGACUGGGCAUCAAGGAUAGAACCAAGAAAGUAGCUGGCUGCUAUUUUCAGGGCAAAAAGACAUCCUUUGAUGAUAGUGAUGAAGAUUCUGCUGACAUUGAUUCCCUGGAAAAACAAGCACAUGAUGACUUAAUUAAAGUAGAAAAGAUUGUUGCAUGCAAAGUGAAGCUGAAAAAGUUGUGCAAACAGAUUUUACAACAGGCCCCUGGAGAAUCAUUGAAACUGAAACAGCUCAAAGUUCUUAUUGAUGAGCAUUCAUCUUCAAUUUUGUCUGAUUUUUCUUCGAAAAGAGAGGCUGUAUCUUACUUAAAGCAAAAGCUGACAGGUAGUAGAAAGUUUUGUAUCGAAGGGAAAAGAGUGCGAUUGGCGUCAAAGAGAAGCUGAAAUUUUGAUACGUCUUUUUCUCGGCCUUUUUAUAAUUCAUUAUAUUUUGGGAGAGAAAUGGGGGCAGUUCUGAGUUCAGUAUAGGUAAAUUUUCAUUGGUUGGCUAUAUCAACGUCUUUACAGCAUCUAAAUAGUAUUUUAUGAAACUUAAUUUGCAUUUUUUGUUGUAAGUUGAAAAUCUGAUAAGUGCGAUGUGCCCUGGAAUGGAUAUUAAAAUUAUCUGUGUAGUGUGCACUCACAGGAAUAGUGGAUUAACAUGGAAAAAUUUCAACAGGGUUCCACUGUUUUUUUCAAAAGGAACAUAUGUAUACAGGUUGUUAAUUGUGUGUACUUUAUUUUAAUUAUAUAAAAAUUUAGAAAAAAAAGGUGAAGUUCAAGUAAAA